GGUCUCCAUUACUCUUUCCAAACUCACGACAAGCUGUAUUUUGUUUUGGAUUAUGUCAAUGGUGGCGAGGUGAGUAUUCGCAUGUCUCAAGACAGGUUUACACCAUCCAAGUUUCUGUAAUCACUGUCUGAAUUUGUAUGGGUAAACUCUACGUUUUGAAGGAUUUGUAAGAAAUGUUUGAGGCAACUGACUCGGCGUUUAAAACUGAUUAUUAUAUGGCAAGCGUCACUUCCUGUGAAAUGGCGGUGUGUGAUUGGCUGAGAAGCACUUUCAGAGGUCCAUUAUUUCCCCGUAAUGGACCGGCGUAAUGGACCGGCGAUCCAUUACGUAAAAACAAACGCGUGCAUUUGAAAACAAAACAGCAAAACUAAUUGAAAAUUUGAAAAUUAUAAUUUAAUUUGUUAUUAAUAAGAUAUCUGCGAAUGGUUUUUAGUGGAAAAGAAGGAAUGCAUUGGUAUUUUUUGUUUUCUUCGACCAAAUGUGUACCACGCUACUAAUAUGCAUUUCAAAUCAUGCACUUCUUGUUUGUUUCGAGUAUAAAUGCCUAUAAAUGCCAUAUAAUAAACAUUUUAUUAACCUCGCUUGCUCGGCCUUUACAGAGAAAUAUCGGACCUCGGUCUUUUUGUACAAACCUCGCCCUACGGGCUCGGUCUGUACAAAAAAGACCUCGGUCCGAUAUUUCUCUGUACAGACCUCGCGUUCGGUUAAUAAGUUAGUAAGUUCCCUCAAACAUUUCUUACAAAUCCUUAAAAACUUAGAAUUUACCUAUCCAAAAUUCCUAAUGUGACCACAGAAACUUCGAUAAUGUUAACUAACCAGACUUCAUCAUGACGUCAGCUACAUUCUCUCGUAUUUCUUUAAACAUUUUCGUUUGCCCUUUUCUAGUUGUUUUUCCAUCUUCAACGAGAACGAUAUUUCCCUGAGUCAAGGUAGACUGUUCGUAUUACAUGUUCCUAAUAAACUAAUGCUUUAGAAAAACGUGCAAUGGUACCAUUCAAAAGAUGAUUGGAUAGCUCAACCCAUUGCUCACCGAACAUUCUACAUUAUUUUCAGGGCAAAAUUUUAUGCUGCAGAAAUUGCAUCAGCUAUCGGAUAUCUGCAUUCGUUACAAAUUAUAUACAGGUAAGAUCAUUUUGUUACAUUUCUAUUCUAUAGCGUUAGACCAGGGACCAGGCGAAGCGCCACAACCACAGUUAACUCCCAGGAACUUGCCGCACAGUCCAGUUUGCCUGAAACACAGUCCAGUUUACUUUCAUAAGAUAAAUGUAGCCUGCGAGCAGGUUCUCAAGGUGAAAUGAGAGCCUGCACUGAUGGCAUACAAUUUUGAAUAUCUGCGUCUCGAAUUUGGACGCGAAAUUCUCAUUGGUCAGAUGCUAUAAUUUAUAUGUUUCCGCUGAGCUCUAUAUAUGUCAACUGCUGAACUAUGCAUAAAAAAACACUAACUGAUCAAAUUGGUCUUGGCCAUCUUAUCUCAAAGCACGAAAUGUUCUAUUUUGAGAAAACAGUAUUUAAAACAUUUAAACUUUUGCUUAAAGAUCUUAUAUUUUGAAAAACAGUAUAAACUGUACGGUCUAAAUUUAGUUUGCACGAAAGUUGUCAACAACACCAUAUAAGGAUAGACAUUCCAUAUUUGGAAAAACGAACGUUACGGGGCAGAUAUUCAAAAUUGUAUAUCAUCAGUGCAGGCUCCCAUUUCACCUUGAGAGCCUGCUCGCAGGCUAAGAUAAAUGCUCUGCUGACUUGGUAUUCCUUACCCUAAUCUUACCCUAAUAUGUAUCUUUCCAAAUCCUGCACUAUUAGCUAAUGUUAUAUUUCUCACUAUAGAGAUUUGAAACCAGAAAACAUCCUCUUAGAUCAAAAGGUAAAAUGGUUAAUUCUCUACCGUAUGUACAUACGAUCCCAUUGAGGGAUGAACCCUUAGAUAUCCUGUUUGGGGUGAGGUCCUCAUGGAAUUCAUGCAAAGGGAAUGGAAAAAAUCCUGCAACUACAUGGAAUAUACAGAAAUAUAGAACAAUUCCUGCACAGCUUCUAAACUGCGAGAAAAAAUUCGACAAAGCUUCGAACUUAAAAAAUUCUUGCAAAGAAAAGUUCCCCUCUCCCCUAUCUAAUGGCCCACCCCUAAGGUGUAGCCUCAAAAACUUGUCUUUGACCGCCUUGCUCAAAACAAUUUCCACAUUGAACUAGGGUCAUGUUGUCCUGACUGAUUUUGGUCUGUGCAAGGAAGGGAUUGAAGACUACGGAACAACAUCGACAUUUUGUGGCACUCCAGAGGUAUUGAAACAUAUUAUGAUAACCGACACACAACCGAAAAUUUUUGGCUAAUUUUUGCCAGCAAAAAGUGUUAUAAAAAGAUCAGUUCGGGUUUCAUGAGAUAGGGUCGCUCAGGAAACCGAUAGCAAACAAUGUUUUUUAGGCCCCAUGACGAGAAUGUGGCCUACAGUAUUUAUCAUAUAUGUUUACCGUUAAUAAAGUAUCUAGCGCCUGAAGUAUUGAAGAAACAAGAGUACGACAAAUCUGUGGAUUGGUGGUGUCUUGGAGCUGUGACGUAUGAAAUGAUGUAUGGCUUGGUGAGUGAGCAAGUGUUAAGCUUAGUUUACACUAUCAAAGUUUCUGUGAUCACAGUAGGAAUCGUGUGAUUCCAGCUAGUAUGGACUAAAAUUUGAUCAAGGCAAGAAGAGCCUUGAUCACAACUAGAAAGAGCGUCUUAGAAUGAGUAGAACUGGAAAGAUUGGUUGCUAAAUGUUGUAAAAUGAAGAAAAUAUAGCCCUGUGAAAUUUUGUAUAUAUUUGUAUUACGCGCGGUAAAAAUAACCACUUUCGGCUCAAAAAUGGUUGUUUUUCCCGCGCGUAAUGCAAAUAUAUACAAACUUCGCGAGGCUUUGCAUACUGAUCAUCUUUGUUUUGUUUUCAGCCACCUUUCUACAGCAGAGAUACGGCGGAAAUGUACGACAAUAUCUUGUAUAAGCCACUGAGAUUACGAACAAAUAUAUCUCAAAGUGCGAGAAGCUUACUAGAAGGCGUAAGUGUACAUGGCCUUGGUACUGCCAUUUUGAUUUAUAUAUCAACAGGGGGGGGGGGGAGUAUUUAAUUUUACAAAAUCUAAAACUUGGUGGAAUCUGCAAAAAUGUCAAGAUGGGAUUAGCCUCUUCCCAAAUUGGCACAAAACUUUACGUUCCCCUGCCCAAUUUCUGCAUUCUGCAACAACAUUCCUCAGUUAUGUUUAGGCUAGCAGGAAUCUUUCACAAAUGACUUUAGUUAGAAGUUAAUUUAAGAUAAUUUUCUGUCGUUUUUCAGUUGUUACAAAAAGACCGGGCGAAGCGACUAGGAGCACAAGAAGGAGAUUUUGUAAGUAUACAUCAACCUUUCGUUUCACAUUCUGAUCGGCGAAAAUAUGAUAAAAAUAUUAGUGCAGUACCCGGUGAUCGUUUAGUGGCCUAGAAACAGUGCUUCCACUUUCAAAAAUUGAACAAACCUUACAAACCUUAUUUUUUCUUUAUUUGGACUAAAAUUUCCUUCAAAAAUAUUGAAACUUUGAAAAAUCCUUCAAAUUUUCUAUUUUUCCUAAAUUUCCUUCAAAUUUUAAAUUUCCUUCAUAAAGCCAAAAUUUCCUUUGAAAAGGAAAUUUCCUUCAAUAUGGAAGCGCUGCCUAGAAAUGUUUAUUUGUACAGCAAUACAAUAUCUGCCUGCGAGCCUUUCCAUCAUGCAUUAUUUUCCAAACCUGUUACCUAUGCAUGCCGCUGAUAUGUGCCGAAAAUAAGAGCCUGCAGACGAGGCAGAUAUAGUAUUAUUUUUCUUAUUCAAAUGUCAUUUUUAAAACAAAAUUUUACUGCAACUCUGCUUUCUUAUGAUAAGACCCUUCUUCUUUUGUCUUUCAGGAGGAGAUAAGGAAUCACUCAUUUUUCCGAACCAUAGAUUGGGAAGCUCUUUAUAAUCGACAAAUAGAUCCUCCAUAUAACCCUAAUGUGGUAAGGAUGUGAUACAUUAUUAUUCUCCUAUCCAAGUUGGCGUUAGCGAUUUUUCAUCUUCAUAUGUGGCAGAAAUGGACCUCAGAAUUGAAAUGUUUAUGCUCUAAUUAAUCUACUGGGUGUCCCAAAAAAACUGGACUCUAUCUAUCGCAAAGCUAUCGCAAUGAAAUAAAGGUCAUUGCAUUCAGAGAGGACAAACUUAGAUUUUGAUUUAUAACACUUGAAUUUACAUACAACAUUGAGCGAGAUACAACCAAAAUAAGAAUGUUUAUUAUUUAACAAGUAUAACUACAUCGGUAAUUAUAAGGUUGUUUUAUGCUAAUUUUUGGCAUCUUCAAAAACAGUAGUUCAACGUUCAAACAUCAAUAGCGCAGUCAAUAUUGCAUGUAAAUUCAAGUGCUGCAUUAUAUCAAAAUGAUUUAAUGAUUUAAUGAGAUUCGGCUAAUAUAACGCCAGGGAGUUCGCCACAGGUUUCCCCAAUUACGGCGACCCCAUAAUUAACUUUACGUUUACAAUAAUUUUAACAGUCGAAACGAACUAAUUUAAGACAAAAUACAAUCGGUGCAAGAGACAACUAACAACAACUUAAAACACCAUCAAGGGACCUAGCCAUUUUACAUUUAACGCACACAGAUUUCCAAGUUCGCGGAUCGUCAUAGUUAUAAAUAUUAGAUAGCGCGUAUUUGUAGUACGUCUUUAGUCCAGAUUUGAAAGCUUGCAGGCCAAUAUCUCUAUUACGGAGGUCACUAUUUAAAACGUUCCACGUUUUACACGCUCUAAUAAGAUAUGAAGACUGGUAUGUUACAGUUUUAGCAAAGGGUAUUACAAAUCUAAUCACGUUUUCGUUGGUUUCACGUCUGGUUAUUCCUGAUUCAGCUAUUAUUGGGCGCUUUCCAUUUAAUGGCCUGACCGGUCAGACCCGAAUUUUUAUCUCUGUAUCAAUGGACAGAUCUGGUCUAUGUUUCUCAAAUAUCUAGCGAAAAUGGACCUCAUUCUAAUUUUAUCGAAAUUUUCCGGUCAGAUAGGUCCGAAGCCCAAAUGUUUUGUGUUUCAUUCAACAAUUUGACCGUUCUGACCAGUCUUGCUGUGUUAAUGGAAAGCGCCCUAAGUUAGUCCUUUCUGAAUGCAAUGAUCUUUAUUUCAUUGCUAUAGUUUUUACGUUGCAUGAAAUCAAACAGUGUACAAUUUUGCGUUCUCUUUUUUUUUGGGGGGGGGGACACCCAGUAUACCGAAAUUUCUUAAAGUGAAAAUAUUUCACUGUAGCGGUAGUUCCAGUCAAAUGUAUGCGGGGGAAAACAAACUUUUCAAAACAUAACUCGCGCCGUAAAUUAAUUUGAGCACGAGGAUUUCAAUUCAGAGGUCCAUUUUUGACAAAGAUCUGUCGAAUAGUGAGACCUGUCUGUUUCAUUGUAUUGCUAACGUUGUCGAUCAAUUGUGUAUGUUCUUUCUUCACAGAGUGGACAUAUGGACCUGAAGCAUUUCGAUCCUGAAUUUGUACGAGAACCUGUACCGCGUAAGUUACCUAGCAUAUUUGUAACUGCCACACAACUCGUCAAAACUCUAGCAUGCCAACUCGUCGACUCGGGCAAAACCAAGAUUAGGACCCUGUGUGGGUUCACCAGAUUUUGGUCACUCAGGGUAAGGUUAGAGUCUGAACCACUAAUUAGUGGUUCCUGCCAAGUUUGAACGGGGCUUGAGCCAGUGGCGUAGCGCUCAUUGGGUAGGGUUAGUUCAAAAACUAAGGGGCCCCGACAGUCAGGGGGCCAACAGCCACGGCCUAUCGCGCAGAAAAUUAGAAAACGUAAACAAUACAGGUUAAGAAUCAUUGAGAGAAUGCAAAAUUAAUAAUGCUAAAUAACAAAGCCUCCAUCGACAACGGUAGCUGAUUUUUUAUUCCAUCUCAAAUAAAACAAAAGUUAUUCUUAUUAGUUGUUACAUACACAGAAUUUUCCAGAACAUUCUAUAAAAUAUUCAAUAUAAAUAUAAUAUCUCAGUCAAACAAUGAAAACAGGGCCCCCCACACCAAAUAUGCCUAAAGGGCCCCCUCUUCCCCCGUUAUGCCAUUGGCUUGAGUCACAAAAACGUCUUUGUAUCUUUCAGAAUCCGUUGGUAAAUCUCAAAAUUCGAAUAUUUGCUGCAGUGUCGGCGAUCCGGACGACGCUUUCUUGGGCUUCACGUAUGUGCCACCCUCCGAGGAUCUGGUGGAAUAA